GUCAACAAAUUAAUAAUUUUUUAUUUUUUGAAUUCUGUGCUAUAUAAUAGUAAGUUAAUGGCAGCCUGUUAAAGAAAGCAACACAAAUCAGUCCAUGGCCAUCAGAGUAAGAGUACUUCUCAUCCUUCUAAGCUUUUCACUGUUCAUGCUCUUCCUGAAACCAUCUUACUCCAGGACCAUAUAUAAAUUACGACAAGGCCUACAGCUCAAAGAUGGGGAUGAACUGGCUUCAGCUUCUGGGAAAUUCAGGUUGGGAUUCUUUAGCCCUGUCAUGUCGAAAUAUCGUUAUCUAGGAAUAUGGCAUUUUUCGCCAACUGGGAAGGAUGAUUUUUACUACCACAAAGCUGAUGGUUACUACCAAAAUAGCAAACCAGUUUGGGUUGCCAACCGGAGCACCCCAAUCUUGGAUAAAUCUGGGAAACUUGCAAUAGAUAGCGCUGAUGGAAACUUGAAAAUUUUCAGCAAUGGCCGAAAUCCUGUUGCAGUAAGUUCCGUUCAAGGGGUGAGAAACACAAGUGUUAUUCUACUGGAAUCCGGCAAUUUGAUCCUCUAUGAAAGGAAUUCGGAAGGAUUGAUAAGGCGAGUCCUCUGGCAAAGCUUUGAUUUUCCGACUGAUACACUUCUUCCUGGGAUGAAACUAGGAUUCAACUUGCAAACAAGGCAUGAAUGGUUUCUACAAUCAUGGACCGAUAUCGAGUCUCCGGCUCCGGGGCCUUUUACUCUCCGAAUGGACCCGAAUGUCACAAACCGGUUGAUCAGCCGCAGGCUAAGCGAUGAAAUCUACUGGACUAGUGAGCCCUGGCUAAAUAAUCAAUUCAAUUUCUCAGGUUCAUGGGCGCUCAACAAGUACUAUAACUUCAGCUUCACUUCAAAUGAACGAGAAAACUUCUUCGUUCAUUCAGCUGGUCGAGAUGCACUGCAAAUCUUGAGAAUCAACGUGGACGGUGGACUUACAAACGGCAGAGGAUUACUUGUUGCUUGUACUAAAUAUGGUGGAUGUUGGAAAGAGAAGCAGCAGGAAGAGACUUGCUGGACUGGGAAUCGUUCAAUUGAUAAUUGGCAUUUCAGACGGGGUUCCAUGUUGGGAGAUGGCUUCAAUUUCAGUCAAAACAUGAGUUUUUUAGACUGUCAAGAUCACUGCAUCAAUAAUUGUUCUUGUGCUGCAUUUGCGCCGACUGCACGAAACUUCACUGGCUGCCAGAUUUGGAGCAGGGGAACAAAGUUUAGAUACAAUUUGUCACACAAUUCACGGUUCAUAUUCAUGCUUGACCUUGACGAUCAAGAAGGAACGAUAAAAAAAUUGAAGAAGGCGCCAUGGUUGAUAAUUGCAAUAUUAGGACCUCUAGCUGUUUUACUGCUGAUUAUUUUGGGUGUUUUAAGCUAUAAAUUGCGGAGAAAGGACAAGGGAAUAGAAGAGGAGCGGAUAGUUUCAUUUAUUUUUGCUUUGGGAGUGGGUUUAGUGCUGCCUUUUUUGUGCUACCUGUGGUACCUGAUGGUGAAAAAAAUCAAGGCAAAAGUGCAAAGCGUAAAUAACCGAAAGAAACUCUUAAAAGAGCUAGCAAGUACUCUACCACAUGCCUCCAGAUUCGGCAGACGAAGACGAAAAAGGAAGAAGGGCAUAGGCGGUGAUUUGAACUUAUUUGGUUUUCAGACCAUUGAAGUUGCAACAAACAAUUUCUCUGCUGAAAAUAAGCUCGGAGAGGGCGGUUUUGGCUCAGUUUAUAAGGGAAAAUUAGUGGAUGGUCAAGAAAUUGCAGUAAAGAGACUCUCAAGAAAAUCAGAACAAGGAAUAAAGGAGUUCAAGAAUGAAAUUAAACUCAUUGCAAAGCUUCAGCAUACUAAUCUUGUGAAGCUUUUAGGCUGUUCUCUUCAUGGAGAAGAAAGAAUUUUAGUUUAUGAACUCAUGAUUAACAAAAGCUUGGACUACUUUAUUUUUGAUUCUGAUAGAGCAAAGCAAUUAAACUGGAAGAGACGUUUUAGCAUAAUCCGAGGGAUUGCGCAAGGACUCCUUUAUCUUCAUAAAUAUUCAAGAUUAAAAGUUAUUCAUAGAGACUUAAAAGCCAACAACAUUUUGCUUGAUGAACAAAUGAAUCCGAAAAUAUCUGAUUUUGGGAUGGCUAAAAUUUUCCUAGUGAAUGAACCAGAAUCAAACACAAACAGAAUUGUGGGAACACAUGGUUAUAUGUCUCCGGAGUACAUCAUGAAUGGCAUCGUCUCAAUAAAACAUGAUGUUUACAGCUUCGGAGUUUUACUUCUAGAAAUUGUUAGCAGUAAGAAGAACAAUGGUAUAUAUGAUACAGAGCGUCCACUCAACCUUGUAGGUUAUGCCUGGCAGCUGUGGAUGGAUGGUAAAGCUCUAGAGCUAAUCGACUCUAAUAUCCUUGAUGGACCAAACUCUCCUGGUGAAAUCCUGAGAUGCAUUCAUGUCGGUCUUUUGUGUGCACAAGACCAAGCUAGUGAUAGACCCAGAAUGAGCAAAGUUGUUUCCAUGCUUACAUAUGAAGCCAAGCCCUUUCCUGCCCCAAAACAACCAGCAUUUUUUAUCAGUGGUAGUUCUUCAGAACCUAGAGUUCCUCAACAGGAGUCAAAAACUUGUUCUGUAAAUGAGGUCACAAUUUCGGUCAUGGAACCAAGAUAAUUGAACGUAGCUGUUGUAUAAUUAACUAGCACAUCCUCGUUUAAAUAAAUAUAAGAGACAUGUAUAAUCUAGGUAAUGAUUUGUGGGUGUUUUGUGAGAAUUUGUAUGUUUUUUUCUUUUUUCA